AUGCUUUCCAACGCAACCACCCUCGAACCAGCAGAAAGACACACCAAUGCCCUCCCGACACCCACCCCGCCAACCACAAACCCACCCCAAUACCCAAAAUAUCUCUAUUUUGCCUACGGCUCCAACCUCUCCCCAUCCCAAAUGAAAUUACGCUGCCGCAUAAACCCCGCCCACUCCGCCAUCCCACUAGCAAUCGCAACCCUCCCAAACUGGCGCUGGCUAAUCUGCGAAGCGGGCUACGCAAACGUCCUUCCACGACCGGGUCUGCGCGUCGCGAACCAGGAUUCCGAGACAGCACAUAAAAUUCCCAUUUCCGGGUCCGAGGACGCGGUCUACGGUGUUCUUUACCAGAUGGAUGUUGGUGAUGAGGGGAUUCUGGAUGGCUAUGAGGGUGUUGAUACAUGUGCUGCUGUUGCGAAGCCUGGGGAUGGUGUGCCGGUUUCUGUUAGACCUAAGGUGCAGGGAAAUGGAUCUUAUAAUAAGUGGUUUGUUGAGGCGGAGGUUGUAAAGUGGUUGGAUGGGGCUGAGGGGGUUGGGGCGGGGCUUAGGGAUGGAGAGGGGAAGGUGCCGGUUCUAGUUUAUGUUGAUGAGAACUGUGUUAGGAUUGCGGAACCGAAGUGUGAGUAUAUUGCGAGGAUGAACCGGGCUAUUCGGGAGUCUGUAAAUUUGGGGGUUCCCGUGGGAUGGGUCGAGGAGGUUAUAAGGAAGUUCAUUCCUAAGGAGUAG